AUGACAUUUGGCAUACGGAAUAUCGUUGGAAUUCAUCGAUUACACCAUGGUGAAAAGAAUUACUCGACUCCACUUAUAUUUAAAACGUAUUCACAAUGGUCCUAUUGGCAACGAAAAGCGUUUGAUUAUCUAAUUUGGUGUCAUUUAGCUCAUGUAUUAGAUUUCAGUGCGGCAUUGCUCUGUUGGUUGUGGAUAUUCCCUAUGACAUUUCCUGACGCACAUCAGUGGCAUUGGAAAUGGGUCUGUCGAGUUUUUCUUUACAAUUUAGCCUGUGAGUUUACUCUCUAUUCAUUCUGGCAUUGGAUAACAUAUUCACGAACGAGUCCGUAUGCACAAGGGCCAUUAAAAGAAAAGAAAUAUAAUCCUACCAAUCAAUAUGAACAAAAAGAUCAGAAUAAUCUACUUCGCGAAGUCACAUACACCACUCUCGGAUGGUUACAAUCAGCAUUGGUUCAAUGUGUUUUUAUGUGGCUGUGGGCCAGUGGUCGACUACCGUACUACAACGACUUUUGGUCUCGGCCAUUGUUUUCAAUUUUCAUUCUAUUAGCAGUCACUUUCUGGAGAGAACUUCAUUUCUAUUGGGUUCAUCGAUUGAUGCAUCCAUGGUGGUCGGUUAGUAAUGGCUUACAACAAGGCGAUGUUGGUGCAUUUCUCUAUCGUCAUUUUCAUAGUCUUCAUCAUCGCAGUCGCAAUCCGGGUCCAUGGGCUGGUUUGUCGAUGCAUCCAGUUGAGCAUUUUGUUUAUUAUACCUGUGCAUAUUUUCCAUUACUUUUCGCAUGUCAUCCACUGCAUUUUCUCUAUGCUAAAUUUCAUGCUGACAUCGCGCCAAUAGGUGGUCAUGAUGGUUUCGAUGAUCCAGCCGGUGGCGCAGAUUUUCAUUACCUUCAUCAUGCUUUCUUCGAAUGUAACUAUGGUGUACCAUUAAUUGAUUUCGAUCGAUUGUUUGGUACAUAUAAAGAGUACAUAAGAAAACCGUCACCAGCACCUGAAAACAAGAAACUCAAUUAA